GCGGAAAUCAAAGAGAAAAAGCUCGUGAAAAAAAUCUAAAAAAACAGAAACAAACUCCCAAGAAAAAAGAAGACGGAAACACUUUCAAGAAACGUGCUGAAAGUGACGCUGAAAUCAUGAGACAAAAACAGCAAAAAGCUUUAGAGAAAAAAUCCGAGACCACUUCUUAA